CAAGCAGCAAAUUACACAUCACUCCUGGAAACAAAACAUCUGGACAACAAAAGGCUCGUAGGAGUUUAAAGUGAGACAGCUGUGAGGGAGCGCUACAGACGGACUGAUCUCUUCAACAUGAAUCCUGCUCUGGUGGUGUUGGCGUCCUCACUGCUGGCCACAGUGGCAGCUCAGUCUCAGGACCAUUAUGACAUGGGCUGGGUCAAUGGCUACCGACAGGGCUUCAACUUCCAGUGUCCCCACGGUGAGGUCCUGGUGGCUAUCAGGAGCUACUUCAGCGAGCAGGACGGGUCGGACCGACUGUGGACGUUUGAGUGUCAGCCCACACCUGAAGGUCUGGGGGAGCCCAGUGACUGUUGGUGGGACGACAUCAACCGAGCUGGGAUGGAGUGGACUUCAACAUGCACUCGAAAUGGCCUGGUAGCUGGUGUUCAGAGCAAGUACUUUGAGUCCGUUCUUGACCGUGAAUGGCAGUUCUACUGCUGCUACUACAAACGCCGCUGUCCCUACUCCUGCAUGAAAACCAGUGACAUCCCUGAACACUACAGAGAAGAGGGUGAGCUGGUUGUCCCCACUUAUGGCUACUUCAUCCGAGGGGCCCAGACCACCUUCAGUGGAGUGCUAAGAGAUCGGCAGUGGAAGUACAUCCUGUGCAGGAUGACGGACUUUGACUGUGAAUUUGAGAAUUUAUAGACGUGUAAGGAACAUUUCACUGAUGCAUAAAUACAUUUAAUACAUAUUCACUCUUUCAUAUAUGCAGAUAUACAACACUGAUAUUAUACGUAACUGAUAUGGUUCAUGUUUUCACUCAUGUAGUUGCUUUUAAUAAACAGCCAACCACGGGCACGUGAUAGAUGCCUGUAUAGUCACUGUUUGUAUUAGUUUAGCAUGCAGAAUGGCUCAUAUCAUAUAAAGGUAACAGUUAAACAAACAUCUGCAUAGUGGAUCUGCUGAGGAUUUGGUCAGUUGGGACAGCUUUAAGCAUUUUCAUUUAGUUGAAAAGAACUGGAAGUCUACUGGCAGCAUGUCAAAGUGGUUUUCCAAAACAAACUCAAUUAUUUGACACUGUGUUCAUGGUGGUGGAAAAACACAGUGUGUCAGGCUCUGCUCCAAGAUCUCUGAACUUCAGUGAGCUGAUUGAUUGGGAUAUUCUCUUGGUAGUAGCACUUUGUGUUGGAAUGCAUGAGAAACUCUUUCUGAGUCGCUGGAAACACCAGCUUUGCAUGCAAUGAAAUGUGCCCCACCAGCUGACGUCACCUCCAGUCUUUAUUAAAGUGUCUUGUUCAGUUUGUAUGUCUACUCAUGUAACUGUAUUAUGUGAAAAUGGGAUUAAAAAAAAUCAUUUAUUUAAUAUAAACAA